AUUGGCUGUUGUAUAGAGUUGUGUAAAGUCGAUAUUUAAGUACGUAAUACGGAAAAGAAAAUGGUUCGAGUAUUAAUUCGUCAAUCAACUCGAUAACGGAAUCAAAUUCUGCCUCAUAGGACUAUCCAUGUUAGAAAUAAACUAUGGUUCUUGAAGAAUUGUGAUAAAAUACAUUAUGGAUUAACAAUUAACGAAGAAGAUUUUACAUCGGUAGAUCAACUUUUAACAGAAAUAUUUUUUGAAGAAUAUCAGAUGAUUUGUAGAAACCGAUGAACAUUAUAAAUUUAUAUUUUAAAAAGAAGAAAAGUGUUUGAAAAGUUAAGCCGUUGUUGGUGUUUACUAACCUAAAAAAAUACCGUCAGAACGAUUUGACUGUUUUUGUUUUGAUAUAAUCACAGUGCAUUCUAUAUUCUGAGGAAUAAAAUAUAAUCAAAAGAAUUACCUUGUUUGAUAUCAUUUCUUUUGUGAUAUAUAUCUGUACGAGAUACAAAUUUCAUUAUAUAUGAAUUGUACUAUUAUAAAACUAUUAGAAAAUGGAAAAUUAUUGUGAAGUUUGUUCUUUGAAAUUAAGGGAUAAUCAUGAAUUCCAAAUUCAUUUAACCGGCCAAAAACAUUUAAAAAAGUAUCAAUUUAAAGAAUUUCAGAGAAGAAUUACCGAAAAUUCUAUAUUUGUUUCUUCUAUACCAAAAUAUAUUUCCAAAGAUGCAGUAAUAAAUUAUUUUCUACAAUAUGGGCAAAUUUCAAAACACAAAAUUGGAAAAAAUUAUGUUAUUAUUGAAUUUGAAAAUAGAGAACCUGCGGAAUACUUAUUAAAAAAUCCAGUCUGGUUGAAUAAUAUAAAAUUAAAUAUUCAGAAAAGAAUAUUUUAUAAUAAUGAUUCAAAAAGAAUUCCCGAUAAUCAUUUAGCGGAGACAACGAAAGCUACAGAUUUGGAUUGUAUAAAGAGUGUAUUCAAAAACGAAACUACAUUUGAAAGUCAACUUGAAACAUUUUUGAAUACAGUACUGCUUAGUGAUACAGAAGUUGAGGCACGAUAUGAAUCCAUCUGUAAAUUUUUAGAUAAAACAUUUGCAUGUGUAUUUCCAAAUUGUCGAUCAUAUAGAUUUGGAUCCACGCAGAUGGGACUAGGAUUUAAGGAAUGCGAUUUGGAUAUUUAUAUGGAUAUUGGUGUGCCAAUAUAUGAAUUAAAUGGUGCUUUUACAAUGAGAAAGGUGUUUAAAGAAGUUAAACAUGUAAUGUACAAGAUGAAUAACAUAUUUAUUAAUAUAAUACCAAUACUAAAGGCAAAAACUCCUAUUAUAAAAUGUUAUUAUGUUCCGAAUAAGGUUUCUUGCGAUAUUUCAUUUAAAAAUGCUUUUGGUAUAUAUAAAAGUAAUCUUAUAAAACACUGUCUUUCACUUGACACAAGAAUAAAACCAUUAAUGGUAAUCAUUAAAUUUUGGGGAAGACAAAGUAAAAUGUCAGGUAGCGGGAAAAUAUCCAAUUAUGGAUUAUUAUUAUUAAUAAUAUUUUAUUUACAACAACCAGAAAUAAGGAUACUUCCACCUUUAAUGGAAUUCCAGAAAACGUGUGAACCUAUAAUUAUUGAUGGUUGGCAAGUAAACUUUGAUGAAAAUACGGUAUUACCACCGAUUACCAAUUAUAGCACUAUUCCACAACUUCUGACAGGUUUUUUCGAAUUCUAUGCUAAUUUUUCUUUCAAAAAAAAUAUCAUUUGUCCGUGGGAUGGCAUAGCACAUACAAAAGAAUUAUUUACCAAAACUUCCAAUUUGCCAGACUAUAUGACACGAUAUAAGGAAAUUGCAGUGCAAGAAGAAUCUAGGCUUAGCGUUGGUAGUUUUGCUUGUAUUCAAGAUCCAAUUGAAUUAAAUCAUAAUAAUAUAGCUUCUGUAUAUUCAAAAAAAAUAAUGUUGUUUCAAAAAAAUUGCAAAAUAAGCGAAGAAAUCUGUACAUCAUCCCAAGAGGACAAUUACAAAAAUCUUUUAGAAAAUUUACUUACAUACGACUACAAAGAAGAAGUCAAUAACUUGGUGGUAGUGGUAACGAUACCGUCUGGAUUAUAUGUAGAUGUGGGUUUACCAGAUAAUUUUCAAGAUCGUGAGGACAUAGUUCAUAAAGAAAUAUAUAAAAAGGAUAAUUGGUACUUUAUAGUAUUCAAUAUUGUGAAAGAUAUUUUUGAGAAAAUGUGCAAACUACAAGUAACAGUUCUUUCUGCUGACAAUGAAACUAAACAACAAAAAAUUGAAGUCUUAUCCGAUGUGCAUACAAGAAAAGCUCAACAGCUUUUGUUGCACUGUACGGGAAAUGACUCAGCAUUGCUUAAUAGGAAAUCUUGUACAGGUAGUUCGGAUCUUCGUAGAAGCCCUUUAAAUAAAGAAAUUAGCAUAUCGGAUAUUGCUGUAGAAAGGAACUCUAAAAGACAAGAGUACAAACCAUUAAAAUUAGACUUUACGUGUAUAUUCGAAAAGAUAGAUGAUCCAGUGCAAGUCAAAUUAGUACUAAAAAGCGAUAAAAUGAAAAAUAAUAUUUUUAAAAAUUAUGGAAAUUUCAUUGGUUCAAAAUUGCGAAAAGUUACUAUGAAUACUUUACUGCAUAUGAAGAGAUGUAAACUUACAUUAAAUGAUUUAUAAAACAUCUGAUGUACCUAUUAUGAUCGAUUGUAUUAUUAGGUAAAUAUUUCAAAUUUGAUAAAUGCAAAAGAAAGGACCAAAAUAUUCUGACAGCAUUUAUCAUAUUUUGUUGCAGUUCUAAAUAUAAUAUUAAUCCAUUGAACACAAAUAAUUAAAUAAAACGGAACUCAAAAUAUUGUGAGCUAUUAACAAGCAUAUAUAUAAAAUCUUAUUUUCUUAAUCUCUAGAGUUUUAAUAAAUUAUUUUUCUACACAUAAAAAAAAUAAUUCUUUCUUUCGAAAGAAUUUAAAUAUUGGGAUAAAUUUUGUUUUAUCAAUGAAAGAAUAUGUAUUACUAAGGAACAGAUCAUAAAAAAAAGAUGUUAUGAGUGUAAAUAAUCGAUCGUAGAAAAUAAUUGUAUCAGUGUUUGCGUAUGACGAUUGUAUCAUUUGCAAUUUAAGAUUUUCUUAUAUUGUAUAGAGAUAUAUGAAUAGUUAAUUAAAUUAUUUACAAUGAAUAAAAGCUUUUAUCCUU